ACGUAUGGGAAAGACAUACCAGUCUCCUCUCAUCUCGACGAAGAUCGAUCGAUCCAAGGGAACGGAACGGAAGGUAAGGGAAGGGAAGUAGAAUGGGGGAUCUCUACGCCUUGGACUUCGACGGCGUCCUCUGCGACAGCUGCGGCGAGAGCUCCCUCUCCGCCGUCAAGGCGGCCAAGGUCAGAUGGCCCAGCUUAUUCGAUGGCGUCGUCGACUCCGCAACAGAGGACUGGGUCGUCCAACAGAUGUACACUGUUCGACCAGUGGUGGAAACUGGGUAUGAAAACCUGUUACUCGUGAGGUUGCUGCUGGAGAUGAGAAUACCUUCAAUCAGAAAGUCAUCGGUUGCAGAAGGACUCACAGUGGAUGGGAUAUUGGAGAAUUGGGUCAAGAUAAAACCUGUUAUUUUGGAAGAGUGGGGCGAGAACAGGGAAGCUCUCAUCGACCUUUUUGGAAAGGUCAGAGAUGACUGGAUCGAGAAGGACCUGGCCACUUGGAUAGGUGCAAAUAGAUUUUAUCCGGGAAUUCCUGAUGCUCUGCAAUUUGCCAGCUCAAAGCUCUAUAUAGUCACCACAAAGCAGAGUCGAUUUGCUGAUGCAUUGCUCCGGGAGCUUGCAGGAGUUACAAUACCCCCUGAAAGAAUCUUUGGGCUUGGUACAGGCCCCAAAGUUGAAGUGCUGAAGCAGCUUCAAAAGAAACCGGAACACCAGGGACUGCGGUUACACUUCGUGGAAGAUCGACUUGCAACGCUGAAGAACGUGAUCAAAGAUCCGGAGUUAGAUGGGUGGAAUCUAUACCUAGGUGACUGGGGCUACAACACGAAGAAAGAGAGGGAAGAAGCAGCUUCCAUUCCCCGGAUUCAGCUCCUCCAGCUACCGCUCUUCAGUAAGAAGCUGAAAUAAUUGAAUGGUUUCAACUGCCCCCUAGAUCAUUUACUAUUAAGCUUUAGUGAUCGCGAAAGUAGAGAUAAUUCAUCGAUUGAGAGUACUGCUUUCUGCGAGAAUCAACUUCUUCUACUUCCAUCAUCGACAUCAUGAAUAACAUUAACUUGUAUAUUUAUCAAAAGACCCUGAUUCGGGUCCGGCCUUUCUCAACUUUUUCUCUGUUACGUGUUAUGCUUUCUUGUUAGAUACUAAGCCUCAGUUGUUUUCUGUA